AUGAAGUCAGUCUCUUCCUGCUCUGCCGUCUGCAGAGUGCCGGCUCUUCAUUCAUGACCAGUGGGAGCUGCUGUGCUGCAUCCGUGGCCUCUGCUUCAGGACGCGCUGCAGUCUUCACUCUGACACUGCAGCAUACUGAACUAUAUAAAACUAUAUGAUGUAACUCUAACACUUUCUCCCCCCCGUCUUGCAUAAAAGCCCUCAGGCUCUAAACCUAUGGGCAUUCAAAGCCCACCCCUCAGUUUGCUUUGGCCAAUCAGAGCAGAGACUGCAGUGAGGCUGGCGAUCAGGGGAGGUGGUCCCGGCUUUUUGUUUGUGUGUUUGUGUGUGUUUAGGGCAGCACAGACAGGUCGUGUGUUUCCUCCUCAUGUGUGCUGGUCAUGCCAAUCUCAUUAAGGGCUGCUGUUGCUGCUGCCUCCGACCUUUUUCUCCCUCUCUCUCUCCCUCACUCCCUCCCCUCCUCUCUCAUUCAUUCUUCUCCCUCUCCUCUCUUGUGCUGCUUCUGCUCUAGACUCUGCAGCCACAGAAAGAAACGCAGAUCAUUAUUACUCUGCGCUGCCCCCGGUGAAGGCCCGAGGCUCACUUCUGCAAAUCUUCUGUGUGCUGUCUGCUACCUCUGUGUCUUUCCUUUAACACACUGUGCCAGAUGAAAAUGUCACAAGAAGAAGAGAGUCCGUCAAAUGGGUGCUCUCGGUCCGACCUGUCUGUGGCCCUGGAGGACUGCAUGGCUGCCCUCGAUCUGUUCCUCAGAAAUGAGUUCGAGGAGGCGCAGGCCCGCCUCUUGAGCAAAUCCAAAGACAGCAUGUACCACGCUUUGACCUACGCCACUAUUUUAGAAAUGAAGGCCAUGAUGACCUUCGACCCCCAACACAUUCUGACUGCGGGCAGUACUAUGAAGGAGGCGCAGACUCUCUGUCAGCGAUACAGAAGGAAGUCAAGCUUCUCAAAAAGCUUCACAGAAGAGGAACUGCAUGCCGAGGUCUGCUAUGCUGAAUGUCUCCUGCAGAGGGCAGCACUCACCUUCCUUCAGGAUGAAAACAUGAUUAACUUCAUCAAAGGAGGUAUUAAAGUGAAGAACAGCUACCAGACAUACAAGGAACUCCACACAGUCCUGAAGUCAACUGGAUACACCCACGGCGACAAUCACGGCCAUUUUGAGGGCGGCGUGAAACUGGGAGUCGGAGCCUUCAACCUAAUGAUUUCCAUGCUGCCCCCACGUACGCUCAAGCUGCUGGAGUUUGUAGGAUUCUCUGGGAAUAAGGAGUUUGGUCUUCAACAGCUUCAGGAAGGCUCUGCAGAAAGCACCUUCAGGUCGUUCCUGUGUAAUAUGCUCUUGCUGUGUUAUCACACAUUCAUGAGCUUCAUAUUGGGCACUGGGGAAGGAGACGUUGAAGAUGCAGAAAGACUUUUGCAACCAUACCUGAAGAAAUACCCCAAGGGAUCCAUCUUUUUGUUCUUUGCUGGUCGAAUAGAGGAGAUUAAGGGCAACCUGGAUGGUGCUAUCAAGCUCUUUGAGGAGUGCUGUGAGGCUCAGCAGCAGUGGAAACAGUUUCACCACAUGUGCUACUGGGAGCUGAUGUGGUGCUUCACAUACAAGAUGCACUGGAAGAUGGCCUACUUCUACGCUGAUCUGCUUAGCAAGGAGAACUCAUGGUCCAAGGCCACGUAUGCUUAUAUGAAAGCAGCCUAUCUCAGCAUGCUGACUGAGGAUGACUGCCUUACCUUCGGGGAGAGUGCGCUAACUCUUUUCAGGCAGGUCCCUGGGCUGAAACAGAAAAUUGCAGGAAAAUCUUUGCCAACAGAGAAGUUUGCGAUCAGGAAAGCCCGCCGCUACUUAGGGGAAAAUUCCGUUCCUCUCCCAGCUCCUCCACUGGAGAUGAUGUACAUCUGGAACGGCUACACAGUCAUUGGAAAACACAAAGACCUGACUGAGGGCAUGCUGAAAACCCUGGAUGAAGCCCAGGCAUCACUUGAAAGCUUUCCAAGGACUGAAUACUCCGUAGACGAUCAGUGUCUGUUGAGCCUGUUGAAGGGCCUUUGUCUCAAGCACCUGGGACACCGAGAGGAGGCUGAACACUACUUUACCCUCGUCCUCUGCAAUGAGACUCAGAUAAAAUAUGACCACUACCUGGUUCCUAAUGCCCUACUUGAGCACGGUCUGCUGUGCCUGGAGCAGGGGAGAAGAGAUGAAGCUAUUAAACUUCUAGAAAUGGCAAAGCACAAUUACAAAAACUACUCCAUGGAAUCACGGACGCACUUCCGUAUCCAGGCUGCUUUGCACAAAGCUAAGGGAACUGGAGAGAACGGCGUCCAUGUUCCUUCCAGUCCAUAACGGGCAGAGCACGAAGAGCAUGAAGCAGUGACAGCUUCCUGCUUCUGUAACCCCACCUUGCAACAUCCAGCCCGACCAGCUGCAGCCCGUUCGGGCUGAAGUGUUUAUUUUAUUUGUUCAUCAAAUCUGGAGGCAAUUGUUUAUUUUCUUGUUGUUGAUUUUUGGUGUUAUGUGUCAAAUUAGCGUGGACAUCUGCAGCUCUGACUGGCCUUAACUGACUUCUUCGUCUGAUUUUUACAUCUUCUUUUUAGAGGAAUAUUACAUGGAACUUCAGUUGCUGAUCUGACUUGAAAUAGAAACGAGUUUGGAAGUCGGUCAUGUAUUUAUAAAAUGCUGUAGCCUUCCAUCAUCGCUGCUCACUGAAAAACAUAAGAGUGGCAAACAAAGUCAAAUUUGUGCAAUAUACAAGCUUUCUCCCCACCAUCAUAUAGCGUACAAAUGAACAUUUUUGAAAGUUUUUAUUUGACAUAGUUAUUUGCUAUGGAUUCCCAAAAUCUAUUCAUGUACAUAUAUUUUGCUAUGUAUAAAAAUUCAGAGCCAACUAGACCAAAUUUUUUAAAUCCUUUUUUAAUAGGUUUAUGUAUGUAUAAUUAUUAACUAUGUUAACUAUGUUUUCCAGAAUGAAGGAGCCUAUUAUUGGAAAUUCAAGGGGGGGGGCUUUUCAGUUAUGGUUAGUAAGAAUUAUUUUAGUUGACUCAUUCAGUCUUUUUUUCCCCCCCAGACAUGAGACUGAAACUAUCAGUUCUGAAAGCCUCUAUUUUCUCUUUGCAUAGACCAAAUAACUUGCCAAAGUCAAAAAGCCAGCAAGACUUGCAGAUGUCCUUUAUAUUUACCUACUGUAAGCUGCACCUUUUUACACAGAUUGUCCUGUUUUAAGAGGACAGAUAAACAUGUCUUUUAGAAAGGCAGACUCCCUCUUUGUUGCCUCCUGGUGUGUGGGACUGACUCCAGGGCUACUUGAGCUUGAACAAACCGGCCUUUCAAAGUGAUCAGGGCUGUUUGCUUGUCCGCCUGCUGCAUCCUAUUACAUGUUGAAGGAAACUCUUAUUCACCACAAAGCACUACAGCCUUUACAGAUUGUGAGAUUUAUCUGUUGACACCCCUAUGAGCCAACUCCUUCCUAGAACUACCUACAGAAGGAACCAAAGUUACAACCACAUCCUGCUGAAGAGUGUCUGUGUACAACAAAUAUGGUUUCUCCUCGUAAUUGAUUGGUGGAUGGGUGAUUGCAAAAGGCUGUGCACGUCUAACAGCCUUUUAUGAACUCCGAUGGGGUCUGAAGAGUUGGAAAACUGAUGAUUUAUUUCUAUACAAGAGAACAUAGGGAUACCCAGCAGGUAUUGAACAUAGCCCUCAUAUUUAUAUGUGUGAUGAGAGAAAACUUUGUUUUUUGUUAUGACUCACCAGUAACAGGUUGUCUAUUAUACCGGAAGGCUUGGCGGCCACAAAAUACCACUAUUUUGUCAUAGAUGCAGUCUUCUAAUAGUGAGCUUGGGAAAUGCCUCUGUAUCACUGUUUUCACUGUGAAUCCUGGCAAAAUUGGUUCCUCAUCCAGCUUUGCAGCCAAUGGUUUCUGUGUUUAAUCAUACUAAUACCCCAGGGAAACAGAAAGUUGACAAUUAGUAAUAAGAGGUUUGUAGAUAUUCUGAUGAUUGUAAAAAAGUAAAGUGUACAACAGAAAA